AUGUCUGGCAACAAUCCAGAAACACUAGAGAAAGGAAAGGAGAAAGUUCUCAAAGACGAUAUAAGAGCCAUCAAACACGCUCCAGGAUGGAAGGAGGAGCUUGCCUCUGAAAGUGAAGCCGCAGUGAAAGCAGAUCGCGGCCCGGAUCCAGAUUCUGUCAAGGUUCUCCAAGACGAGACUAUCAGGGCAAUGCAUUCAUCCAAGAACGAGGCUGAUAAAGACACUGUCGUUAUUGAGAGAGUGAUCGAAGAAGUCGAAAUUCGAAAGACCGCGUAG